AUGACUUUCCCUCCCUCUGCGGCGGCGGAAUCACCCUCAACCCAUGGUUUAGCACGCUCCAGCGCCCAAGUUCCCGGUAUCACUGAUGACACUAUCAAUAUCAACGAUAAGCGCUCCUCAAUAACAGGCCCUAGCCGUCGACGGCUGCAUCCACCACCACCACCACCACCGAGAAUCUAUACACACUUUGCCCACUACAACACCUUCUUGCUACCAGACGACUCCUCGCUUCCCCACAAGCCGCGCCAUCGUCGCCGGCAUUCUCCGAGGCAUCGUGACCUAAACCACCCGCACUCUCACUCCAACGCUCACUCCUUCCCCCACCUCCAGCUGCACCCUCAUCUUCACCAUCGGCAGGAGGGGCAGCAGCAGCAACAGCACCAACAACAACUUGACUCUAGUUUGUUAGACGAAUACCCUAAUCGCAACAAACCUGCCACGUCUUCAGAACUGAAGAAAGAGAAGAGCACAUAUCGCCAUAAACGCCAUGGGUCACGGGGUGGCCGCUUUCCAAAAACUGUGCGGAAUCAUGCGAGUAUGAGUUUACGACCUGGGAAGCACGCGAAUAGGGAUAAGGGCUCUCGCGUGAACGGUGUGGGGGAACCUGGCGUGGUAGACACUGCUGUUGCGGCACAACAUUCUGAGACGAAUGGGCUGGAGACGAGCGAUAGUGGUAGCAGUUCUCUUGAGGAAAAGCUCCCGUUUAGGAGACGGAGGGAGAAUGUCACCAUGGCGGAAGUGAGGAGGGAGAGGAGACGGAGGAUGGAGGAGGAGGAAUCAAACCGUGCCGCGCUCACAACCCUCUCUGCCCUCUCCACUACCAUAACCCGCCGCCUCGACACAACCUACUACACCCUCCUCGAGAAAAUUGCCAGCCUCCACUCAGCGAUCUACUCCUUCCAUACCCUCUCCACAGCAGCCUUCUCUCUCCAUUCAGACUUCACCCGAGAAACCGACAAUCUGUCCCGUGCCACCACAACACAAAUCGACGAGUUCCACUCUGCCUUCACUCACCAGAUCAAACGCAUCGAUGCCCUCGAGAUGCGCAUGCGAGCUGGCGCGGAGAAGGCGGAGGCGCUGAACAGGCGCAUGGAAGUUGUGCGCGGCAAGAUUGAGGCAUGGGAUCGACGGGAGGGAGAGUGGCAGAGGCGGGUUACGACGCGGCUAAGGAUUUUUUGGACAAUAGUUGGGACGGCUGUGGUUGUGCUUGUCGUUGCGUGGGUGGUUCAGCAAUUGAAACCCGUUGAGAGCUCCAUGGGUAAAGGGAUCGGGAUUGGAGAUAUGGAUACAGGGAUAGGUCUGUCUGCAGCGAAUUUGACGUGUGAGCUGGGUGGGCAGGGUCUUCGGGAUGGAAAGGCUGUUUGGGAGAGUAGGUCGUUUGAGACGAGUGGUGAGGAUACCUGUUCGAGGCAGUCGCUUCAGGAAUGA